ACGGCCUGGGCGGGGCGGCCCCCUCCCGCCGGGCGCGCCUCCGGCCUUUGGAGUGAUAUGCGAGGCUGCAUCUGGGGCUGGAUGCUCGCCGCCGCCGGCUGCGUCGCCUGCUCGGACCGCCGCCUCCUUGCCAGCUUCGAGAAAGAGAUCUGCGAACUUUGAGACCUGCAGAGAGAUUUCUCGUCUUAAGAGUUUGAUCAGAAAGGGCGUGGCGACAUGGCGGACAUGGAGCAAAACCUCAGCCUGGCCGAUGCGUUGACCGAGCCCCCUCCCCAAAUCGAAGAGGAAGUGAAGCGGGAUUUCAUGGCCACCUUGGAAGCCGAGAAGUUUGACGACGUGAUCGGAGAAAAAGUGGGCAAGACAGAUUAUGUUCCUCUCCUCGACGAUGACGACGACCCGAAGGCUGGGAACCAGGAGGCGAAAGCCAGACCGCGGGUUGAGAAUGUUCCUCGGGAGCGUCCCACUGCAACUGGACCAGCUGCCGUGGUUGAGAACGGGGAUCAUGGCCUGGAGGCGAGCCGACAAGAACCUUCCGGAAAAAUCAUGGAGGAACAAAUGUCGUACAAAGAAUUCCUUGAUCACAACGACUCGUGGCCGAUGGAUGACGGCAGCCAUGGCUUUGAGUCACAGCUCAGAUUUCAGCCGAUGGACGUGACAGAGGUUUUCCCGACGCCCCGAGAAGACGUCCUCCCCGACCUGCGUCUCCUUCCCGAAGACACGAUGGGACAAUAUUUUGGCGCUCUGAAAGAAUCCCACAAUCCUUUUGGAACAGCUGAAUUUUCUGAACCUCCGUCUCUGGGAUUCACUCAUCCAACGGCUGCUGGAUUAGAACUCCUGUCGUUUCUCAGCCCGGCGCCAAAUCAGAGCCAAGAAGAGGUCCACCAGGUCCCCAUGGAGAAGCUCCACCCUGCUGAAGAUGCUCCCUGUUCUGGUGAGCUGAGCCCUCCAGAAGCAGAGCAGGUGAUGGUCUCCUCAGUUCCUCCUGCAUUUGAGGACGCUGUCCCUACCAUGGAGGAGCUGAUGGGAUUUGAACCCUCGCUGGACCAACCCUUGCUUCUUCAGAAAGGACCUCAAGCAGGCUUCCUGGAGACCCCGGUGUCGAAAGAACUAAAAUCAGAAGAUGAAGAUAUCAUUGUCCUCACCGCUGACAGUUGUCCCACGCUGGAAAAACCAGAAGAAGGGAGCCUAUUCCUUCACUCUCCAAAGGAGAAAGACGGUUUUCUUGGCCAACAGCCAAUGGCAGUAAGCCUUCCAGCCCAAAAAACAGAGGAGGUCCAGCCAUCACUUCCCUUUCCUGCUCAAGAAGAAAAGAGCCCAUGUCCCGACUUCAACACAGAAGAUCUGUUUCAACCAACGCCAACCGAAUCUAGAGAGCAUCUUCCACAUCUUGCAGCAGACUUGAUGGGAUCUGUCCUUGGAGAAGAACCCCACGUGGUCUCUCCACGGUCCUUUGUUGAUGAGUCCACGUUGGUCAAGGACAAGGAAAUACCUGCCCACCCAAUGGAGCCACCUGCAGGAAAGCUGCCUCCAGAACAAGGAGCAAACUUGAUGGGAUCUGUCCUUGGAGAGGAGCCCCACGUGGACUCUCUAAGAUCCUUUGUUGAUGAGUCCACAUUGGUCAAGGACAAGGAAAUACCUGCCCACCCAGUGGAGCCACCUGCAGGAAAGCUGCCUCCAGAACAAGGAGCAGACUUGAUGGGAUCUGUCCUUGGAGAAGAACCCCACGUGGUCUCUCCACGGUCCUUUGUUGAUGACUCCAUGUUGGUCAAAGACAAGGAAAUACCUGACCACCCAGUGGAGCCACCUGCAGGAAAGCUGCCUCCAGAACAAGGAGGUGGACCUCCCGCCCAAAUAAGACACGCUCACAAACCCAGUGACCACCGCAGGUUUGGCAGAGCGAAACCUGUCCAGAUGACUCUGGCAGAUGCUCCAGAAGAUCAGCUUGCAGGUUCCCCAACCCUGAAGAGUCACAGCCCCAGAGGUGGAGACUCCUUUUUCGUGGCCGAUUUUGGUCCCACCGGUGGAACUUCUCCCCGUAGCAAGAGAUCUCCGAGGAAGGGAGGUUCAGAAGGUUCAAGGGAGCUGUUGCAAGAGGGAUGGGACCUCGAGGCGUCGGCCGCCUUGAAGAAGAAGAAGAAGAAAGCAAAGCCGAAGAAAGGGCAGCAGCCACGGGGAGCGGAAACGUGGGAGGACAACUUGAAGAAGGUAAGAAGCCCUCCGGCUGCUGGCGAACCUCCAAAAGUUCUCCAGGAAAGUCCUCAAGAGGUCUUGUGGGCCUCCGCAGAAGUUCUUGGAAAGGAGAAGCUCGGGAAAGAAGGACAGCAACUGGAAGGACAACAGCUUCCAUACCUUCCUCCUCUGAAGAUUGAAGAACCUUCCAAACUUUCAUUGGACCCCAAACCAGGAGAAUUGAGCCGAGCCAAAAAGGCCGGGGAUGACAGCUCUGCGUGGCAGCCCAAAAGUCCAAAGAAAGAACUUUCUGAGGAGCUUCCGAAGCACCAUGUUGAACAGAAGAAGAAGGCAAGUCCAACUUCUCCUCCUGGUCCUGAAGAAGUAAGUCCCUUUGAGAAAAGGGUACAGUUGGGGCCUCUGACUUCGAAGAACUCAAAUGUUGACGCCUCAACUUUGGAGACCCACUCUGUUGUGGGGCAGAAGGUUGAGGUCCAGGCUCUAGACCCCGUGGUUGCCCGUGAGAAAGUUGUUCCAGAGUUUCCAAGUCUUGAAAGGAAAGAAGAGUUGGUAGAGGAACCCAAGAAACUUGAGAAGGUCUUAAAGAAGGUCAGGGAGGUCAAGGAAGAUGUGACUCUUCCAGCUGAACCAAAACUGGCCGAGCCAACCCAAGAAGGGACUUCUUCUCUUCAUCAAGACAGAGGAGAAAGCAUGGAUGUAUUGGAGACUCCCAAAGAAAGACCACGGAGCAAAAAAUCUGAUUUUAAUUCUGACAAAACUCCAUUCGUGGUGGAAACCAAGUCAGAUCCAGCCCAACCCUUGUUUGUUCCUGAGACUUUUGGUGGUGGCCCAGUGUUUUUCAUCAACCCAACAGAAGACUUCCUUGGUGGCCACCCUCCAGAACAUCCGACCAGUCUCAAGUUGAGACAUGAUCAACCCAAGAAGAGAGGUAGUGAUGGAAAAAGCAAGAAAGCAAAGCAUGUACCAGAGCCAGAGGAACACAUUGGCUUGAGCAAAGAUUCAAUGGUGGUAGACGUUGAGGGCCUGGGUGAAAUUGGUUGGACAACCAGGAACCCAGAAGAGAAUUUUUCCACUUCUCCAGGAGUGAGAGAGAAACCGAAGAAGAGAUCUAGCAUGGGGAAGAACAGAAGAGCGGAGGAGAGGAGCUCUUUCAGACAACCAUUUUUCUCUACUGUGGAAGAUCAUGAGAUGUUUGACCAAACCCAACAGAGAGCAGAUGAAUCGAAAGAAGGGAUUACCAUUUUAGCUACCAGCCAGCAGUUGGACAGUGCUACAGACAGUAGCACUGUGAAGCAACCAAGUCCUUCUUCCGUCACCUUGAGUGAAAACAUCAGAAGUUCUCCAGCAAGACCUGGUCAAAGAGUUGACCUUCCUCCAUCAGCAUAUCCCUUCAUCUUGGAGGCCCCUGGAAAGCAGACGGAAGGCCAGGUUCUCCUGGAGUCAACAGUCCAAGGCCAGGAAAUGGGCGGCCCAAAUCAAAACAAGGGACCCACUUUGGCGAGCUCCCCUGGAGGAGAUCCCACCUUCAUGUGGGCCACCAACAAACCCAAGAAGAGAAGCAGCAAUGGGAAAAGCAGGACAGCUCACAAAGGUCCCUCAAGAGAACCACCACUGGAGAAGACAUUGGAUGGGAUUGUGCCUUCAAAGAAAAACGAUUUAGUUAACGAAGGGUCUCCUGAGAAGAAGAAUCAAGGGCUAGAAGUUCCAGGUGCCGCCCAAGUGCAAGUCCCUGCUGAAAAACCGUUGGAAACGACAGGAGGAAAGGAGGAGAAGAAGGUUGGCUUUGGACAACUGUCUACUUUGGAGGAGAAAGGUAACACUGCUAAGACAGCAGAGAUCCCUAAAACCAAAGAAACACCAUCUAAGAGGCAGGAAGCUAGUCAAGAUGAAGCUGGAGAAGAUCCAUCCAAGCCAGAUGUUGUCCUCCCUCAAGUCCCAGAAGAAGUUAAGAAACACGAGACUGACUGGCAAAGUCUCCAAGUUCCUAAGGACUUGGAGAUGAAGGCAGAAGCUUCUGGUGAACACCAUCAAGGAGUUAAGAUUGAGGAGGUCCCCACCUCUGAUGGCAGCAAGGAGGAGACAUCAGAAUCUAUAGGCCAGGUUCCUGCUAAGCUCUUCAUUGAGGAAAUGCCUACUUUGGAACAAUCCAUCCAUUUGCUGGACAAGUUGGGCACCGGGACAGUUGUAGAAGAUGAGAGAAAGAUGAAGAUCAAAGCAUCAACAGCUUCCAGUGAGAAAAAAGACGGGGUCCCUGAUCUUCCAGAUCUUCAAACCCCACUUGCAAAACCCGAAAAGAAGAGUAGCGAGAAGAAAAGUAAGAAGACCUUGAUUGUCCCUCAAGAACCUAUGGUUGCCCAAUCAACUAAGGAAGACGUCAACCGUGAAGAACCUUGUAAGGUUGGUGGAUUGAGCUUCACAGUAGGAGAAGUGGAGAUUGUAGAUGAAAACAGGAACAUCAAGAGCUUCCCUUCUGGACGUCAACUGCAUUGGGAAGAGGACCUCACAAACGUCUUUGAGCCAGCUGGACCUCUUGAUGAAGCCGUCUCCAAAACUCGAGGUCCUACCUGCCCGUUUUUAGAACACUUCACCAAGUUGGCCGACGAGCCAAGCCAAGAGCAGUUUUUUUUCCCCAAAUUCCUGCAAGACACUAAACCGGGGGACCAGAAGAUUCUGGAGGAACUGCAGGAGAACUUGGCCAAGCUUGAAGGUCGAGAGGCGGAAGCUUCCCUUGUCAUGAAAGCCGGUGAUGACAUCAGGGAGAAGAAGAAGAAGAAGAACAAGCGGGCCCCAGCAGACCGUCUCUCCAAAAUGGAAAAGGAAACUGGAGGAACGGACCUUGGAGACAAAAGACAAGGACUUGGUUCACCAGAAAUAGUGGUGGAGAAGCUAAAGAUGGCUCCUGGGCUGGUGGCUGAAAGUAGUGACCUCCCUAUGGAAACCCAAACUCUUAAGGGAUCCAAGAAGGAAGUGUCAACUCUUCAAACUAUAACGACUACCCUCCUCGGUGGUGGAACCUCAGAGCCAGGAGUGUUAGCAGAAGAUAGACGAGAAGAUGAAAUGAGGCCUUCUGAGUCUCUAGACAGUUUAGGAAGCAAGACAAGGACAGAUAAGGUCCUGGAAGACAUCCUUCUGGAGGAAGUGGGAGGAAGUGGUCUCUCUUCCAAUCAUCUGGCGCCAGACGACAAGAACCUGGCCAAGAUAGAACCUCUCCUCCAACCAACCAGCGAGGAGGAGAAAGGACAACUUGGAGAACUGCAAGAUGCGCCAAACUUGAGAUCGGAAGCUGGAGAACCACAAACAUCAACUUCUCCGGUGGUCACUGAUCAUGAUGACCGUGGGCCACCAGGCGAGACCAAGAAAGCAGGCCGGGCCAAAGCUCCUCCACCGAUGAAAGGCUACAUGAGACCCACCAAGUCAAGAGGACUUCCCCCUGUUCCGUCUCUCCUUUCCUCGAAGGAUGGAGCUCCAGACCAAGGCAGGAGAAGACCCCUCAAACCCGAUGGCCCACUUCUCCACAGGCGAGACAAAGAAGAGGUGAAGGCAUCUGUUGAGGUUCCGUCAUUGGAAGACGCAGCUGCCGUUCCCAGCAAGGAACUUCCACCGACUCCUGAGAAGAAAACCAAGCCUUCGGCCAUCGCGGGGGCAAAACCCGCUGCAGCGAAAGCCAAGCUCGGGGCGCCUGGUGUUCCCCCCGCCAAGCGGCCGGCUUCGGCCACGCUGGGCCCAAGCAAAAAAGCCACCGCCAGCCCCUCUGCGGCAUCGACCACGCCCAAACGCCCAUCGACCGGUGUCACUCGACCCUCCAGUUUAACUUCCCGAGAGGUUAAACCGAAGGCGACCGACGUUAAGAUCCCGGAGAAGAAGGUCUCCCUUUCCAAGUCCCCUUCUGCGACCUCCCCUCGGCCAAGUGUGAAGACCACUUCGGCCGCUUCCAAGCCUCCGGUGGCCACUGGUGGGACAUUGCCCAGCCCUAGGACCACAGCUGGUUUGCCACUGAAGAAGCCCUCCGCCGUCAAGACAGAAAUCAAAGCCGCCGAUGCGAAGAAGGUCCCGGCAAAGUCAUCACCAGCCGAGCCGAGCCGUCCCAAGAGCGCUCCGGCGUCCACCACCUCUUCUCCCGCACCGUUGGGACCCGCGGCCGCCCGUCCCAAGGCAAAACCCGUGGCUUCCAAGUCUCCUGGCACGGCAGGCGUCACGGCCGAAGCCAAGAAGCCACCCUUGGCACCCAAGGCUCUUCCCAAAACGAGCCCGGUCCCCAAGCCUUCUCGGCCUUCCACCAGCAUCUCCGUUCCGGAUCUGAAGAACGUCCGGUCCAAGAUCGGUUCCACAGAUAACAUCAAAUAUCAGCCUGGUGGAGGAAAGGCCAAAAUAGAGAAAAAGUCCACUGUGUCUACCCGAAACUCCGAACCCAACGCGGUAUCCAAAACCACUCCAAAUAAAACAACUGUUUCUAAAGAAGGGCUCGCAAAGUCACCCAACGGGAAAGUCCAGAUACUCUCCAAAAAAGCGAACUACAGCCACGUCCAGUCCAAAUGUGGAUCCAAGGACAAUAUUAAGCAUGUCCCUGGAGGUGGGAAUGUCCAAAAUCUCCCCAAACCAGCUUCAGGCAACAAAACCCAGCCAUCGACCAACCCAAAGCCCAGCCGGGGCUGUACCAAUGUGCAGAUCCAGAACAAGAAAAUUGACCUUUCUAAGGUGUCUUCCAAGUGCGGUUCCAAGACCAACAUCAAGCAUAAGCCAGGCGGAGGAGACGUGAAGAUCGAGAACCAGAAGUUGAACUUCAAGGAGAAGGCCCAAGCUAAGGUGGGCUCUCUGGACAAUGUCGGGCAUGUGCCAGCUGGAGGCACUGUGAAGAUUGAAUCCCACAAGCUGACCUUCCGUGAGAACGCGAAGGCUCGCACGGACCACGGGGCGGAUUUCGCGGUCUGCGCCGGCAGCCCCUCCACCUCCCCACCACUGAGCACUUCUGUCAGCGAGAGCCUGGGCACCAUCACCGCCGCCGCCGCCGUGUCCUCCUUGCCCCCACGGCUGCCCUGGCGGGCUCCCCUUGCAGAAGACACCUCUGCCGCGCUCUCUCGGCCAGGCUUGUGACUCGCUUUCCUGCCCUCUACCUUAUCCCAGACCCCAAAUAUCCCCCAGAACCUCAGCUUGCCUCCCUUAAUCCGGUGCCGUCCACCUGCCCAGGCUCCAGUAGGGUUCCAGUAAGUGGUUUGUCCAUUGAUCCUUCGUACGAGUCUUGGACUCAGAUGGGAUGGGAUGACCUUUCGGGCAGGGGAUCUUGCUCAUCUCUGGCCUCCCAGAUCUCAUUUCAAUUCUUGCUUAUUUGGGUGCCAGGAUCAAAGUGCAAAUUGCAAAUAAAUUUGGCUUCGCAAAUACUGGAUUCUUCUCGGAAACCCGGCUCGAGACACCGAGAAAGGGUUCAAAGGCCGAUGAGAGUUAACGGGGGCAAGUUUUCUUCCCUUCUCUUUCCGACUUCCUCUCACCCCAUAGAUCUCCUUUGCACCCCGUUUAGCGCUGACCUGUUACUCACACAUAAUGUCAUGCUCAUUAGCGUACCCCGCAAACAAUGCCGUAAUUUUUAAUUUUUUCGUUCUUCUUCCCCUUGCGCCCCAACUGAGCGGUGUGGCUGUGCCGAGCAGUGGUCCUUGUGGCUUUCCCCCGCUGGCUCAUGCUUCCCUCCCUGCUGGUCCCCACCGCCCUUCCCUUUGCCAUAGGAGACUUUUUUUAAAAAAAAACAACAAAAAACCGCACCCAUUAUCUAUCUGCUCUUGCAGCGCUGUUGGCUUUGUUAUCCACAUAUCCUGCCAUUUUAAACCGUGUUCUGUUUUUGUUUUCUUUUUCUCUUUUUUUUUCUCCCCCUUUUCUUUGGUGUGGUGGUUCUUUUGCGUGUGUGUUUCAAAAUAUUUGGAGAACGACGGAGCCAAGGGACUCAAAGCCCCCCCUCCCUCCCCCGGGGGCGACAGGGAUAGUGGAGAUGAAAGUGGACAGGCGAGUGAGUGUGUACGAGAAAAUAGGCGAUGUAGAGCUGGGUCUUUGCACCAACAUGCUGCAGACAAAAGCUUCAAGAUGGGCAUUGAAAGUCAGCCACUCCUGCACAAAUAUCGGGUGGGUUCCCCUUUGAGAGACCCCUGCCUUUGCAGGUGGUUCCCCCCCCCCCAAAAAAAAUCAAACACUGAGCAGUCUGUACCGUACGGGGGAAUCCGUUCUGGAGAUUUUGCGACCACCGAGGGACGUUGAAAUAUGCUGGAAUGUGUGCGAGGAAAUCGGGCAGGGGGACAGGGAAAGUGUUUGAGGGUCUGAAAACGUUGGGCUGUGCAGGAUGGAAUCGGGGGUCCUUCUGGCUUUUGAGUCUCACGGGGAGAUCCUCGUCCGUGUUCCGUCUUCCACACUGCAAACGACACUAAACAGAGUUGUAAAUAAAAGUUUUAAAACGACCUGUGAUGAGAGUCUAAGAAGGGGGUACUUCAGGCUUUGGGGGAGGGGGAGGGGGUUUUACGUUGGAAGGCAUUGGACAGGAACUGUGUAAAAAUAAUAUUAAAAAAAUAACCUUAUUCUCUUUCCCACUACCCCGGCGUCAAGAUGCUCCUUCAGAGGCUCUUCCAAAUAGCCUACAGUUUGCAUCUUCCCACCGAGAAUUCUUACGCUCGUGAUUGUUUUAUAUAUAUAAAUAUAUCUAUUAAAGAUUGCAUGGUUUCUAAUAAAAUAGCAUUUCAAACUGUUAACAAGGGUUUAUUAUUUGUUUUUUGGGAGCAUCCAAACAGUCUGCUAAAUGUUAAAAAAAAAACAAAAAAACGCAAGUUCCAGGAGAGAAAACGGAUGGGUAAUAGAAAUUUUGCAGAUUUUGUUUUUGAAGGAAAGGUACAGUUUAGUCCUCGACUUUACGACCUCAAAUGAGCCUGGAAUUUAUCUUGCUAAACGAUAACAAUUGUUAAGUGAGUUUCGGCCCCUUAUACGAAUUUUCCUGCCAAAUUCCGGAAUCACUGCCGUUGUUAAAUUAGCAACCCGGUCGUUAAGCGAAUCUGGUUUUCCCCAUGGAUUUUGCUCAUUAAAAUGUCACAAAAGGGGAUCACACAACACCCAGGACAUUGCGACCGUCAUAAAUAUGAACCAGUUGCCAAACAUUCAAAUCACGGGACCGUGGAAGAUGCUGCGCCGGUCAUAAGUGUGAAAAACAGUCGUAAGUUGCUUUUUUCAAGCUGUCGUAACUGAAUGGUCACUAAAUGAACUGUUGUUAGUUGAGGGCUUACCUGUCUUUCAUUUCCCAUUUUUGCCCUCUCAUCUCCCUUCCCCCCCCCUCCUCCUCCUCCUCUACAUUCCAAGUCAGGAGGGGCUCUCUCCCACCUACCUUGAGGGUAUCCUGACUUCUUUUAUUGUGUGGUUUUGAGAAGGGGGAGACAACAUCACAACUCGCCCUCCACAAACCCGAUAACAGGUGUGGUGGGCUUGGAAGUCAAUCAGAAUGGAGCUGGAAGGUACCUUGGAGAUCCUCUAGUCCACCCCACCUACUCAAGCAGGAGCACCCCUAUACCAGGGGUGUUAAAAUCAAUUUCAUUGAGGGUCGCAUCUGCUGGCAUGUUUCCUCUUCGCAUUGGGUAGACCGGGCCAAAGUCAUAAAUUGAGGAUUACCCAUCCUUGCUCCCAACCUUGUAGAGUUAGUCCUUGACUUACAACAGUUCAUUGAGUGACCUUUUUUUAAAGUUAACUACAUCCUUGGAGAAAGUGACUUUAACGGCCGUUUGUCAUACUUAACGACCGUGGGGUGCAUGUUCAAAAUUCAGAGGCUUGGCAAUUGAUUCCUCUUUAUGACGGUUCCCAGGAGUCACGUGAUGAGUCACAUGAUUCCCCCCCCCCUUUGCAACCUGACAACGGGGAAUCCGGAUUCACUUAACAACCAUGUUUUUUUAACCAGUGCAGGGAUUCAUUUAACAACAGUGGCAGAAAAGUUCUUAAAAUGGGACCCAAUUCAAUUAGCAUCUCUCGCUUAGCAACAGAAAUUUUGGAUUGUAUUGCGGUCGUAAGUCGAGGACUACCCGUAUAUAAGAGCGGUUGGGUCAUUAUUUCUACAGGUCCUUGGCUUACGACUGCAGUUGUCCCCAAAAUUUGUUUAAUGACAAUUGGAUGUUACAACGGCCGGUCAUCACACUUAAGGACCGGGGCAGCAUGCCCGCUAUACAGGAAGUCCUCGACUUACGAUCACAAUAGUGCCCCAAAUUUUCAUUUGUAACCAAUAUAUUGUUAAGUGAGUUUUGUCCCGUUUUGUGACCUGGCUUGCUGCUAAGUGAAUCACUGUAGUUCUCCUUAAUCACGUGGUCGUUAAGCGAAUCUGGCUUCUCCGUGGACUUAGCUCGUCAAACGGUCACAAAAGGGAUCACGUGACUGGUGGGACACUGUGCUUGUCUUAAAUACGAAUUGGUUGCCAAGCGUCGGAAUUUCAAUCACUAGGGGGACACUGUUAUGGUCGUAAGUGCGAAACACGGUCCUAAGUUGCUUUUUUUCCCCCACCGCCGUUGUCACUGAGUGAACGGUCGUAAGUCCAGGAGAACCGGGGAAUGUUUGGCAAGGAGAGUCUAUGGGGAAGACAGAUGUCAGGCCUGGAAGAAGCCAUCUUUUGCGUUGGGCCUUCAGGCCUGCCACGUUGCUUACUGUGGGAAGCUGGGAGGGGGGGGGAUUGUAUGGAGCAUGGGUGAUAUGUAGUCAUAUUAACAUUCUUUUCUCAGAGUCAAGGACAUCUUGCCCUGCACCUGGAGGGCUGGAACUGCUGAGAGGCCUCUGCAGUGGGGACGGUGCUUGGAUUGGACCAUCUAAUGGACUUGUGGGUGCUGGGCAGGGACUUGGAGUUUCUGUUGGGCAGGGGGAAACCUGGAAGCUUUCAGAUUUUGGUUUUCCCAGAUGUGCCAAUAUGACAUCUCUAAUAAAGUGGAACUUUGAGGAA